AAAAAAAAAAGACCGAACUUUUGCGUUCCCUCGCAAAACUUUUGCGAGAUAACGCAAUGCUGUUUUGCGUUCCCUCGCAAAACCUUUGCGAGAUAACGCAAAACUUUUGCGAGGGAACGCAACUGUUUAAGAGCAUAUUGCACUUCGGUGUACUCCGGUAAGGAGCCUCGUAACAAGACAGCCAUGGAGGAGGACUUGGAGCAUUUCCUGCAUUCUAGAGAGGUCCCUAAUGAGGACAUUAUGCGGAUGAAGAGAGACAAGGUUGACAAGGCAGUAUUGCGCAUAAUGGCGGAUGAGCAAAUGGCCAAUGACAUCAGGUCUUAUGGCGACCGGAUAGCUGUCCUGUCAUUCUGUCAACAAACAGACACUGAACAAUGCAGCACCGAUAAGGAGACUCUUUUACAGAGAAUAAGAGAUGGAAUUGGGACUAGAAAAAUGAAAUCAAAAACCAAAGGAGCACUCUCUAGUGCAUCUGGUGUGUUCCAAAGGUCAGGUGACUCAAUGGCAAGACAGAGCAAUACUGCAGCAGAAAAGACCUCCAGGAAGAUUGAAAUUGGGUGGCUUCAUUAUGGCAAGCAUGAAUACCAGCAAGUCAGGACCAGGAAUGGUGGAGGAACAAGACAUGUCACUGUGGAAAAGACAGCAACUGUUGCUGAUAUUUUAGAAAAGGGAAAGGACCUAUUUUUCCCAGAUGGGUGCUCACCAAAGGGUCCAGCAUGUGACUUUACGUUUGACAUUUGUGAUUUUAAAGGAAAGAUGAUUCAGUUAGAUGACACUGUUGGCAGACUGUAUGAAAAAACAAAACUGAAGCUGCUUAGAUUUUACAUUCGCACAAAAGCAGGCGGCCCUUCAACAGGUCACUCCUUAUCAGAACUGAAUGAAUGUAGUGAAGAUUCAUUGUCUGAGGAUUUAUCUUUUAGCAUCACUGAAGGAGCAAAUUCUAAGCUGAAUGAAGGCGGAUCCCACAUUGACAGAGAAGGUUCAGUCACAGAGCUGCUGGAUCAUAGACAUCCAUCUGACAGUUACAAAAUAAAUCAGAUGCACCACAGAACAGCACAAGGUCCACGUCAAUCAGAGCCCUCUCAGUCGACCCCAACAGACCAAAGGCAGGGCACAAACAGAAGCUUUCCAGAUCCCUGGUCUGAAACCAUUGAUUUGACCAGCACAAGUCUCAGUCACUCCCUCCAAACCGAGCAUGAGCACAUCUAUCGUGUAGCUUCUGAAGACACAGAACUAGACGAGGCAGAUACAGUUCUAUGGGAUCCAGAAGAUAACCUUGGUAACGAGGAGAACGUUGUGAUAACAUAUCAUCUUGUCGACAGUGAGGAUGUCACACAGAGUCCAGAAGUGAAUGCAGUACUUAAUCAGGAGUUAUGUUUGCCUUCUGCUGAUGGCCUGACCACACUAGAUGAGCAGUCCAUCCAUGAGGAAGUAGUGGUAACUACACGGCAGGACAGAGAAAUUACGUUUGAUUUGCACUCAAAUUCAAGCAGCCAUCUUUCCCCAUCAUCCUCAUCCAGCAACCUAGGAAAUCCACAGACUUCACAACGUGCUUCAAUUUGCAGGAUUAAGGUUGUUGAAGAUCUUUUGGCUGUAUUCAUGGACAGCAGCAUCCUGAAUUUGACUUUAAAAAUGGACUUUGUAAAUGAAAAAGCUGUUGAUGAUGCUGGAGUGUCAAGGGAAGUUUACGCUGCAUUCUGGGAGCAAUUUCUUGAACAGUGUGAAGGGGAAAUGGAGCGAGUUCCACGGCUGAGGCCAGAUUUUGGCGAGGCCGAAUGGCAAGCAGUUGGGCGUAUCUGGGUGAAGGGCUUCACAGACCAUGGUGUCAUGCCAGUGAGGCUAUCAGUGGCUUUCAUGUUUGCCUGCAUUCAUGGAAUUGACAGUGUUGAUGCAGACGUCUUAAUGGCAUCAUUUUUCAAUGACUUAUCUCCUAUUGAGAGGUCAGCUGUUGAGAAGGCUCUCCAGGGCACAAGGGAGGAAGGUGAUGAUGAGGACCUGCUCGACCUUUUUACAAGGAUGGGCUCUCAUUUCCUACCUUCAACGGAAGGCAUGAAGGCUGCCAUAGAAACAAUGGCUCACAAAGCCACUCUGCAAGAGCCAAAAUACAUAAUUGAUUGUUUCUCCAUACCCAUGUCACAUGUAUUUCCCAAACUUUUCGACAAGCAAAGUGUAUUGUCUCUGUAUGACUCCAAGAAGGCCACAGGCAAAAGAGUCUCACAACUCCUGGAAACAACAAAUGUGAUGCUCUCUCAGAGAGAGCAGGCAACCUUUAACCAUCUCCAGCGUUAUGUAAAAAAUGCUGAGCAAACCAAAGCAGAGAAGUUCCUUCGCUUCUGUACUGGGUCCUCUGUCAUAUGCGUUGACAAAAUUAUGAUUCACUUUAAUGCUGAAACUGGACUCAACAGAAGGCCUGUUGCUCAUACAUGUGGAGCAACACUUGAAGUACCAACCACAUACAGUUCUUUCCCUGAAUUCCGCACAGAGUUUGACAACAUCCUCGCCAGUAACUACUUAGACAUGGACAUCAUUUGAAUUUAAGCAGUCUUGAUCAGGCAUAAGCGUAAGAGGCCUCCUUAUUAUAUGGUUGAUUAUAUUUUAUUUAUGUAGGCAUUUUUAAAAAAAUCUUUUUCAGUUGUUUUGUUUGAAACACCAUUUAAAUGUGUGGGGAGCCGUCUAUAAUUCUAUUAUAUGUUGGUGCCAUACUAUACAAGUUUUCACAUUUUUCAUUAUUUAAAUACUUGGAAGAUGACUGUAGCUUUCGUUUCCUUCAUUUUCGGGGUAUAGAAUCAUUUAUCACUGGUAGAAUUGUUUAUUAAUAUUUGCUGUUAAGGUGGUUGGGUAUUCAGAUAAAUGACAAUUUUGAAGAUGUUGAGAUACCAGUUAAUAUUUGGCAUGUGCAAUGUGCAAGCUGAUUUUGUCAGUGAAAUGUAGCCUAAAAACACUAAUUUCUUACUAUGACACCAAGUAUUUGCAAUAGGCACAGCCCCACUACUUCCUGACCAUAUUGGUCACAACAAUAAGUAGCAGGCACACCUGGAUUAAUUAAAUUAUCCAGUAAUGAAUGACAGGAAAUAAAGGAGCUGUUUUAGGAUCAGGAAGUAGUGGGGCUGUGUAUAAAGCCCAUUGGCCCUCAGAAUGAUUAUGUAAUAUUUCCAUUAUAUUACUUAACUGUCACUGUGACAGCGUCACUGUUUUAUUACCUUGUCACAUCACAGUUACUUUUAUAGAAUGUGUGUGCAUUUACCAUGAAGCGACAGUGAUGUUCCCAAUUGAUCUUUAUGAACAAACCAUACAGAUUAGGAAUAAUUUACAUUUAUUCAGCAUUGCAGGCCAGGAUGUCAUACAGAAUAAAGAAUGCAGUACCACAACAGUUACCAAAAUAGUUAUACAAGAAUGUAAGGCAUUUGUGUUGUUUCUAGUCAA